ACACGGUCGAGGUAGGAUGUUGCCGCCACUCGCUCCUCACCAACCGCGUCACCAACACACAGUGCGAUAACGAGUGCGUAUCAUUUCUAAAUCUCCCUCUCUCUGUCUCCAAAUUCAUUAAUUACUGCCAGAAAAUAAUACAUCACCAGUCUGUGCAUAUACCAGCAAAAUAUAUAAACCAUGUGAAAAAUGGAUUUGUACGUUUACACAUGCAAUGAGCUGGAGUUGAUAAUAAUUCAUGUAGGUCACGCUGGACUGAAGUAAAGUAGUAGUGUGGUGAGUGACCGUAACACGCACGAGAUCUGUGCUUACUCGACCUAGCCAAUACCAAAGAUGAGAUCCUUCACUGUCAUUCUCCUUGACGCCAUCCUUCUGGCUUCCUUCGUCGAGGAUUCAGUGACGGAGGGGAAGCGAUCAGAGUGGCCCCGCAAGUCUAAGGGUACCCUGGAGACCCACAGGUUCAACACAGGAACGUGGACACCCGACCCUCACCUGCUGCUAGGGGAGUUCGAGGUAGAGACUCCAGUGAGGGACACGAACGCUUACUUCAUGACGGACAACAACACCGUCGUCACCGUGCAGGUCGGCACCACCGCCGCACUACGCUGCCAGGUGUUCGACGUGGCAGAGCAUGAGACGGUAUCGUGGAUAAGAAGGCGAGACCAUCACAUCAUCACGGUGGGCGCUAAUACCUACUCCAACGACGAACGCUUCCAGGUAACCUUCUCGGAGAAGACACAGGAUUGGACGCUGCAUGUUCGCUACGCCCAAACUCAUGACGCUGGGAUCUACGAGUGUCAGCUGUCAGCCCACCCUCCCAUGGGAGUCUUUACCACGCUUAAUGUUAUCGAGGCGGUGGCGGAGAUCGGGGGCGGGCCUGAGCGAUACGUCCAGAUUGGCAGCUCCGUCCAGCUCACCUGCACCCUCAAACACUUCACGGAGCCGCCCACCUACGUCUUCUGGUUCCACGCCGAACACAUGGUCAACUACGACUCCAACAACCGAAUAACGGUGGUGAAUAGCGUGGGUGAGAGCGAACUGAGGAUCUCACAGGUGACCAAGGCAGACAGCGGGAACUACACCUGUCAGCCUGCUAAUGCCCGCCCUGCCUCCGUCUCCCUCCACAUUAUUACAGGCGAGACUCCGGCGGCCAUGCAGCGGGCCAGUGCCACCGAGGUACAGUACCGCCUCAGUAUGGCCCUCAUAUCCUCCCUGGUGGCACUCAUCGCCUUGUAGGAACUGCAGGUGAUCCUUGACCUUCACCAAGUAUCUGACCUCGUUGUAGAAUCCGAGUGUCAGUCUUUCCAGUUCUAGGUGUUGCCCUGCGGUGAUUGGUUACCGAAGAUUGGGACUGACCCGAGGCAAGGGAUAGUGAGCCACGUUUCUCUCUCCAGGAGGACCCGGACACUGUCGUGGCAUCUACAGUGCUAUUUCAUGGAUCAACAGGAUUUCGGCAGUUCACCAAUGUCUUGCCAUCGAUAAAGCAGAUACGGACAUCGUUGGGAUCACAAUAAAAGGAAAAUAAUACUGUUUGAGUCCUCACCUGUGAAUUAAAACACGGUAGUGACUUCGUAUCAUCAACGUUGUGUUGUUAUGAAACUAAAAAAAGAAAAACAAACGAUGUUAACAUUCCUUACCUGUGGAUGAUCGCAUGGCAGGAGAGAUGAGUUUUGGAGAAUGGGUUAUGAAAUACGUACCUGAGAUGGAUGACUGAAACAAGUGGAACAGGUAUCAGUUUACCUGAGAUACUACAGGUGUUAAGUGGCUGUUAAGAGUCAUCUUCCUCCCCCACGAUCAUGUGAACAUGCACUAAUGUUUCCCAUCACCAGGGAGAGGUCAAGAUGCUGAAGGUGGUUUUCGUCUUUACCAACAAAAGUGUUAAACGCUAGUAAACCAUUCGACACGAUCAGUAAGUUCCACGCUGUGCUGGAUAUGUUAUUUCGCCAUGAUAAAAGUGUCAGCACUGGUAACAAUAUCGGUGUGUGCCAUUUGGUCGUAUAAAGAUAUGAUGUUAGUGUGCUGUGGGGUCCUCGUGUUAACCAGUCAGUGUUAUAUGUUAUCGAUGGCGUGUGUUUAAAUGUGGAUGAGACUCAGAGCAAUGAUAUAAAACAACAGAGAAGCACCAGUCAGCCUUGUCUCCACCCAAGACCUGAGUCAACCCAAGAUGUAAUAUUUAGCAGUGAAGAUACGAGACGCCAAACUAAACGCAGCGGAUCAUAUACAACAUCUAACCUGUGUUUUCAUCUUAAGAAAAGCAUAUUCUCUUAAGUGAAACAUUAUUUAACAUCCAUAAGCUGUAUUAGGUCCAACGAUAUUCAAACUCAUAACAUAAUUCUUCCUCUUCAAUCAGCAGUUGUAGGUAAAUAUAUCAGGAUUCUAGAGACAUUUUAGUGAAUAGUAUAAGUACAUGAUAAAUGAAAAAGUAAAAUAUUAAAUAUUUAAGACACUGUACGUUGAUUAUCUGCCAAAUAGGUGUAGCAGGAGAGCUAUUAAGGUUGACUACCUUCAGGGGGUUAGAGUAACAGGUAAGGCGUGGGAAGGUCACCUGGGUUGGCGGUAAUAUACCCGGCCAUGGUAGAGUGCGUCUCUCUUAACACUGACUUAGAAGACGAACAUCUUUACCCCAGCCUUCAACCUAAACAUCUUCACAUAGAUAAAAUCCCCCAACAAACAUGAUAAACCACAAAACAAAAUAAUUAAUUCCUCAAUACUGAACAAUUAAUAAAACAAAUGACAAACUUAAAACGUAGAGGUAAAAGAUAAAAUGUAUUUUUCUUAGUUUAUUCCUUUAAAAAAAAUACAAUAUAUAAAUCUUUCUUCCACGGAGAUAAAGUAAAAUCAACAAAGUGUCAUCCAGCAUCAUGAUAAACAAUAGCGCCAUCUCAGCUGCCAGGGCUCAAGAGUGGAGUGGCGCGACCCUCUCCUCACCACCUCUCUCUCUCACACUUAAUAUUUUUUUCCCUGCUGGUGACAAUGUUCUCGAGCUCAGGUGAGAGAGCUUCACCUGUCGCACCUCUUACAUGAUGCUGUGAAAGGAGGUCUUCUCUAGUGCCCCUUUCCGUCUCGUAUAAGUCAGUUUUAUAUUCUUAUUUCUUCGUCAUUCUUUGUGUCUCCUUUAGCUCUGUCUCUUGUUCCUUUAUAUCCCUCUCCUGUUUCUGUCUGUGUGUGUCCUUCUACUCCCCUUGUUGCCCUCUUCUCCCUUCUUCUUUCUUCGAAUAUUUUUACGUCUCCAGUAGAACCUCUAUUUGUCUCUCUCUUUCUCAGUUUUAUCAAAGGACUGAAGUGAGAUUCAAGUUAACCUAUAUAACACUAAACAAAACUUUAUUAUUCUCAUACCAAAGACGAAGUCGUGAUGUGAUUCCUUUCACGCACACACACACACACACACACACACACACACACACACACACACACAUACACACACACACACACACACACACACACACUUUUCGCCAUAAAACAAAGAGAGAAAGUCGUUUGGUUUCUGAUUAGUGUGUGUUUGAGACAAGUAUUUUGUUCCCCAUGAAAAGCUGAUGGUAAGACUUGACAAGACCACUGAGGCACACCAGGAUGAAGAGACUCGUGUGUUGAGCCUCUGUCACUCAGGUUGUUGUGAUGGACUUGCCCUCGUGUGUGUCCGGCGUGUGGAGUGAGUCACUUGUACAAAGCCAGUGGUGAAAUCUUGAAAAACCUUGUCCAGGGGCACCUGCUGGAGAGACACGUUCAUGGAACCCCCAGAUGUUUUCCACCAGUUCCUGGAAUGUGUAUUUUUGUCCAUAUAAAACUUAUUCAAUUGUGUACAUUUGUUCCAUAAAGAAUACAUAUUAUAUCGUGUAUAUUUGAGGUAUGGAGACAGAGAGUAUUAUGAUUGUUGUUGAUGACUAUAUAUAUAUAUCAAGUUCGUAUUGCUGUGACUGGUGAGAACAAAGUUAGUGUGACUGUUGGCACGAUUUAGAGAGCAGGAGAAGCUUACGAGGGACAUUUAUAGCUAAUGUAAAUAUUGAGUCGUGACUUCGACUGACCUGUGACUCCUGGCAAUGGAUAGGGUGACACAGGUGUUUACCAGGUGUUUUCCCACUCAGUGAUUUCCAAAGCUCAUUAUUUAUUGAACGUUACGUGUUAUAUUUGUCAUAGGUUACUUCUCCUCUGGAUACGUUAACUAAUAAUGAAUGCUUGUUUUCACGAUUAUUCUCGAAAAAAUUAAAAAAUUGCCAUGUUAACGGAUAUAUACAUACAUAUAUAUAUAUAUAUAUAUAUAUAUAUAUAUAUAUAUAUAUAUAUAUAUAUAUAUAUAUAUAUAUAUAUAUAUAUAUAUAUAUAUAUAUAUAUAUAUAUAUAUAUAUAUAUAUAUAUUGUUCAUUUCAUUAUGUAUUAUUUACCCAUCUAAGAGUGUACAUAAGGGGUUAUCGGUAAGCUUGAGCGGCAGAUCUUUAUAAGUUUCUGGUGAGUGGAUAGUUGUUAUAUUUUCAUUAAUGACUUACCUUAGAUAAACUUUAGAAAACAGCUAUAUUGUAAAAUAAACCUUGUAUACUAAUGUCCGUAUUUGUAUGAGAAAUAAAUAUAUUUUCAAAUAAAA